GGAGCGCGCUGCGCGCUGCAGAUGUGUCGCAGAUUUAAGAAGUCACUGUACUCAUCUCGUACAAGGAAAUGGAGCAGUGCAAAGUAUAACAUACUGAAUUGUAAACAAGGCAGCGGAAGAGCGGGAACGUGUGCCGCCAUUCUAACAGUGCAUGUGCAUUUUCAUAGUUAUUUUAACGACAAGAAGGAAAAGAACAAAGAUACAUUGACAGCUACUUCAUUAUUUUAGGGGAACAACUUAAAUGAUGGAACUGUCUGCAAUUGGUGAGCAAGUGUUCGCUGUGGAAUCAAUCAUAAAGAAAAGAGUUAAAAAGGGUCAUGUCGAGUAUUUAUUGAAGUGGAAAGGGUGGCCUCCCAAGUACAGCACAUGGGAGCCAGAGGAGCACAUUCUAGACCCUCGACUGGUUUUAGCGUAUGAGGAAAAAGAACAGAGAGAAAUGUCAGUGAGGUGUCGUAAAAGAGGCCCAAAACCGAAAAGACUCUUCAUGCAGAGUAACAUUUACGCCAUGGAUCUGCCCAGCGCACAGAAAGAUGCCGAGGAGCUCUCGCUUGACCCUAGGUUCCAGUCCACAGGGGCUUGUAUUUAUCAACGAUUAACCCUCCACGAGAAAAAGAAGAAAAAAUCCAGAGAGACUUCUGAGGAAGAAUGGGAUAGAAGAGAAGAAGAAGAUGAUGACGAUGAUGAUGAGGGGGUUAUGGAGGAGGAGGAGGAAGAAGAAGAGGACAAAAGACAAGGAGGAACUAAAAUUGGCAGCAACACUUUAAACAAUCACAUCAGGAGAGGAUGCUGGAGUCCAACCACUGAAUCGGAGGCAAUGACUAGAUCUCCUUUACCUGAAGACUGGAGUCCAGUUAUGGGCCCAGAGGAGGUCAUCGUGACAGAUAUCACCAUCAACUCACUGACUGUGACUUUUAGAGAGGCCUUGGUAGCAACGGGCUUCUUCAGGAGCUGGGAGAUGGAGAUCGACCAUUACAGAGGCUAAGGGUGGUCAGAACGAGGAGGAACAAGAAUUGGUACAUCCCUUGUCUUGCAUUGUUGAUUAUGUGCUUGCACAACUUCCACCAGUGUUUCAGACUACAUUUACUUGCACUAUUAGUUCUAAAUGAGUUAAAACGUUCCAAAAUGUUUCAGCGUUUACAAUCAAUCAAAGUAACAGUCCAUCUAAUGACAAUACUGAUAGUAUGAUGAAAUUGUUAACUUGUAUUGACCAUGAAACAAAUCAAGCCAGUUCUCUGAAACUGGAUCGCAGUGAAGUUGACAGAUUUAACUAAAUGGGAUAAACUUCAUUUGGUCUAGUCAUGUAUUUGCAUGCAAUACAUAAUGGUAGUUCAGAGUAAGUCACACAAUUAAGUAUUCCUAAAAGCCAAGCUGUCACAUACACAUUCACAUUACAUGGAUAUGUGUGUGUUUGUGUGUGUGACCCUGGACCACAAAACUAGUCAUAAGGGUACAUUUUUCAAAAGAGAUUUUUACAUCAUCUGAGAGGUGAAUAACUAAGCUUUCCAUUGAUGUAUGGUUUAUUAGGAUAGGACAAGAUUUACAACUAUUGGAAAAUCUUGAAUCUGAGGGUGCAAAAAAAUCA